AUGAUAAUGUAUAUGGCAGCAGUUCCUGAGGCCAUAGAACAAGUGCGGGCGCUGGCGGCGGGUGCCGGCGCAGUGCGCGUGACCUGGCUGGCGCCCGCCGGGGCUGGCCGGCUCACGCACUACACGCUCUACACCAGGGAACACGCCAAAGUGGGUGGAGAGUGGGCACAGCGUGUCGAUGUAGCGGUGGAGGAAGGCGAGACUCAGCCCGGGCCGGAGGAGGUGUGGCGCGAGGUACGCGGCCUGCGCGAGAGCACUGUGUACGAGUUCUGGGUGCGCGCCGCCAACACUGCCGGCGUCGGCCCGCCCAGCCGCCCCGUCACCGCCGCGCCGGCUCCCACGUUAUCAGCCAGGAUAUCGUCGUUCAGUCGCGUGGUGUCCGCGGCGUGGGGAUCGCGCGUGCGCCUGCACUGUACCGCCCUGGGCGCGCCACCGCUGCGCUGGCGCUGGGCGCCGUUACCGAGCCAUUCAACUAUCUCUGAUGAUGGCGAUCUCAUCAUUCAUAGCUUGCAUUCAGAGGCAGAUGUGUCGCUAGUGGGCAACUACACGUGCACAGUCCGCAAUGGGCUGGGCUCCGACACACUGAGUAUAGCGUUGCACGUCCGCGCCCCGCCCGCCCCGCCCGCACCCCGCCUGCUCAGUACUGCGGCGCACGCGCUUCAGCUCAGCUGGGAUAAACCAAACGACGGUGGGGCACAUAUACUGGGGUACACCGUGUGGUGGACGCGCGGCGAGAGCGCGGGCGCAGCGCGGGCGCGGCGCGUGCCGGCCGCGGACACGUCGCUGCGGCUGGCGCGGCUGGCGUGCGGCGCGCCCUACCGCGUCACGCUGCAGGCACACAACGCGCUCGGCGCGUCGCCGCACUCCGCGCCGCUCGUCGCGCGCACCAGGGGCGAAAAAGCUAAAGCACCGCAAGGUAAGGAGUUCAUUUGGGCGAACAGUACAUCGCUGCGGCUGAACUUGCUCGCCUGGGGUGGGCGCUGCCCCGUGGCCGCCUGGGACCUGACCCUGCGCCACGCUGCUGGCGGCGCCUGGCAGAAUAUAUUCACAGACGGAGAAACUGGCGAGGCCGGCGGCCUGCAGCCGGGCGCCUGGUACGAGCUGCGAGUGGAGGCGCGAUCUUCUGCUGGGGACACCAUUGCGUUUUACAGAGCUGCCACGCAUUCUGUUAAUGGAGAGCGUUUAGGCGAGCCCUCCGAGAUUCCAGCGGAGAAACGCAGCGUGGUGAGCGGGGGUGCGGCCAGCGGGGGCGCGGGGGUGGGGGGCGCGCUGUGGCGCUCGGGGCUGCUGCCCGCGCUGCUGGCGGGCGCGCUGGCCGCGCUGCUGCUCGCUCUCACCGCGGUAGUGGUAGCUCGGCGACGGCGCGCGGCCUCGUGCCUGCGUCGCGAGCGCUCGCUGCAUCAGUUGUGCCAGCCGCACCCCCAGCUCUACACCACGGAACCGAGCAAACGAAAUGGGAAAGCUAUUACUCCACCCGAUGUGAGGAGCGAGAUGCAUGAGAUUAGCCCGUACGCUACAUUCAGCAUGUCGGGUGGCUCAGGCUGCGAGGAGGCACGAGAGGCGCGGGGGUAG